GGGGACCGGGAGGCGGAGGCGGAGGCGGGGCGGCCCUGGGUCCGAGUGCGGAGCGGAGCCGGGCCCGGGGACCGAAGUUGGCCCGCGGCUCCGGGAGGCGGCCCGGGCGGCUCCCCGCCCCUGCGCGCGCCCUCGCCCGGGACCCGCCGGCCGCCCGGGGGGACGGCAGCCUCCGCCGGGCCAACUCCGCCGCGGAGCCGCCGUGACGGGAACUUGAGGCCCAAGGGCGAUGUGAAGGCCCAACAUGACCCUCCUACCGGGAGACAACUCUGACUACGACUACAGCGCCCUGAGCUGUGCCUCGGACGCCUCCUUCCACCCGGCCUUCUUCCCGCAGGGCCAGUCCCUCAAGGGCGUCUUCUACCGCCGGGCGCAGCGGCUGCGGCCCCGGCCCCCCGACGCACCCCGCCAGGCCGGCCAGCCCGAGGAUCGGCGGCGCCAGAUCAUCAUCAACGUGGGCGGCAUCAAGUACUCGCUGCCCUGGACCACGCUCGAGGAGUUCCCGCUGACGCGCCUGGGCCAGCUCAAGGCCUGCACCAACUUCGACGACAUCCUCAACGUGUGCGAUGACUACGACGUGACCUGCAACGAGUUCUUCUUCGACCGCCACCCGGGCGCCUUCGGCACCAUCCUGACCUUCCUGCGGGCCGGCAAGCUGCGGCUGCUGCGGGAGAUGUGCGCCCUGUCCUUCCAGGAGGAGCUGCUGUACUGGGGCAUCGCCGAGGACCGCCUGGACGGCUGCUGCAAGCGCCGCUACCUGCAGAAGAUCGAGGAGUUCGCCGACGUGGUGGAGCGGGACGACGACGACGACGAGCCGCUGUCCAGCGAGGACCCGGGCAGCGAGGGCCCGGCCGAGGGCGAGGGUCACCUGGGCCGCUGCAUGCGGAGACUGCGCGACAUGGUGGAGAGGCCGCACUCGGGGCUGCCCGGCAAGGUGUUCGCCUGCCUCUCGGUGCUCUUCGUCACCGUCACGGCCAUCAACCUGUCCAUCAGCACCCUGCCCAGCCUGCGGGAGGAGGAGGAGCAGGGCCAGUGCUCACAGAUGUGCCACAACGUCUUCAUUGUGGAGUCGGUGUGCGUGGGCUGGUUCUCCCUCGAGUUCCUCCUGCGGCUCAUCCAGGCGCCCAGCAAGUUCGCCUUCCUGCGGAGCCCGCUGACGCUGAUCGACAUGGUGGCCAUCCUGCCCUACUACAUCACCCUGCUGGUGGACGGCGCGGCCGCGGGCCGCCGCAAGUCGGGCGCGGGCAACAGCUACCUGGACAAGGUGGGGCUGGUGCUGCGGGUCCUGCGGGCGCUGCGCAUCCUGUACGUCAUGCGGCUGGCCCGCCACUCACUGGGGCUGCAGACGCUGGGGCUCACGGCCCGUCGCUGCACCCGCGAGUUCGGGCUCCUGCUGCUCUUCCUCUGCGUGGCCAUCGCCCUCUUUGCCCCCCUCCUCUACGUCAUCGAGAACGAGAUGGCCGAUAGCCCCGAGUUCACCAGCAUCCCCGCCUGCUACUGGUGGGCCGUCAUCACCAUGACAACUGUGGGCUAUGGAGACAUGGUCCCCAGGAGCACGCCGGGCCAGGUGGUGGCACUCAGCAGCAUCCUCAGUGGCAUCCUGCUCAUGGCCUUCCCGGUGACCUCCAUCUUCCACACCUUCUCCCGCUCCUACCUGGAGCUCAAGCAGGAGCAGGAGAGGGUGAUGUUCCGCAGGGCCCAGUUCCUCAUCAAGACCAAGUCACAGCUGAGCACCAUGUCCCACGACAGUGACAUCUUGUUUGGAAGUGCCUCCUCGGACACCAGAGACAACAACUGAACCCAGAGGACGUGCCCCGCUGCCGCCGCCGCCGCCACCACCACCACCGCCACCGCCAGGACACCCCCAGCCCUGCCUGCCCUCCGCGGCUUGAAGCCAUCGCCGUCACUACAAGAAGCCUUCAAAGGCACGUGCUGCUCUGAGCGCGGCCCUGGCGCAGGACCCGCGCCAACCACACCCCGAGAAGGAAGGCUGGGACAUCCACAGAGGGGUCCCUACCCUCCGCCCCCACAAGUGGGGCAGAAGCCGGUCAAGAGCCCAGCACACACCUAUGACAGUCCCCCCCUGCCCCCCCAGCUCCCACAUCUGUUUCCCCCCAACAAGGAGAUGGCUUUGUCCUUUCCACCAUGUAAAUAACAUGCCCGGCAAAGACUUGCAUUAUGGGUCCGCCCGGAGGGAAAAAAGACAAAUUCCAGCAGCAGCGUGUCUGUGUUUAGCGUGGACCGUGUGCAGUUAAAGCAAAGCGAUGAAAAAGGGAGAAGAUGCCUUCCGUGGGGCUCUGAAGAGAGGACGCUGCUCUCCAGCAAAGCCAGCCAUCGCGGGUACCGGGAGGCCGGGGCCUGUUUCCUUGGCUCGUUCAGGCCUGGCCGGGCCCGGCAGGGUUUGGGGAACAGGGAGAGAACAGAUACCUUUGGGGAAAUUGCCAGUAAAUACUGCAUUCUCUCCUGUUUUUCUUUGAUUCCUCCUACCUCCUGGCCUCGCUUCCUCCCCUUUCCUUCUCCUCCAUCCUCUGUUCUCCUGUUUUGUACCUUCAGGUUCUCAAACCUUUCCCCCAAGGCACCCCAGUGGUUAAGUGGACACGGAGGGGCCCGUCGGCAUCGCCGACUAUGGAAGUGAAAUCGUUUCAUUUUAUCUUUUAAAAAUACUGUGGACUUUCUUCUCUACUCCACGUGUAUUGUAACAGUCUAACCAAAAAAAAAAAAGUGAUUUAAUCACUUACCUGAAUCUAAAUCUAAAUCCAGAGUGGGAUUGAUGCUUUGGGAAGGUGGGCCGUGGUCCCCCGGGGAGUCUGAGAAGCACUGUCUGGAGCCUGCCGAGGCCUCCCUGUGCCCUCCAGAGGCCUGCAGAGCACCCACCCGGCUGGGUACUGCUCCCGAUGUCACAUAGCGCGGGUGAAGCCCCCGGCCAGCCAACAGACUGACCUAGUUCGAGGGCAUCAGAGCCCCUCAGUGCUUCAUCCCCCGGGGACAGCCACAGCCUGGCUUCACCCUCACAGGUACGACAACAUUGCUGUCUUCAUCCCAAACCCGCUGCUGCCCUGGCCGCGGCCGCUCCCCUGGGCUGACCGCAGGAAGCACGCUCUGACACAGAUCUGACCACCUCACUGUCCUCCCUGAGUCCAUUGGGGGCCAUCCCCUACAUUGAGAAUAAAACCCUAAUGCCCUGAGUGACUCAAGGGCCCUGUCCUCCCUCCAGCCUCCAUCCCGCACCUCUCUCUGCUUUGCUCACUGCACCUGGCCACGGGGCCCUCCAGCCCGUUCCCAUCUCAGGCCUGUGGAUCCCUCUGCCUGGAAUGCCCUUCCCGAAGAACCCUGCAUGGCUGCCCCUUCCCUCACCUCCCUGACCACCUCUCUAAAGAAGGCACACCAGCACCUCCACCUAACUCCCUCCUACCCUGCUUGAUCUUGACCGGCCUGUCCACCUGCCACGUUGUCCCAUGUCUUCCCUGCCACUCGAUUACUGUCUCUCUCCUGCCCAAGGAGACCAACACUCCUCUCGCGCUGUGAGUCCCUACUGAGUAAUGAAGCUCGCUGCUGACUCCCAGCACCUAGCACAGGGCCUGGCACCUGGUAGGUGCUCCCGAAACGUCUGUGGAGUGAAUGAAUGAAGGGAAACGGGAAAGACGGCCAGAAAGUAGAAACGCCUUUGAGCAUGUCAUGUCUCUAUCUUGGGGGGGGUGGGGAGGCAUGGCCAUCUCGGCAUGGGGUACACACAGUGAGGCAGAGUGGAAAUAUCACUUGAGUCACGAGGACCUUGUGAAAGCCUCCCCUGACACCUGCUUCCCAUGACUCACACCUGAAAAGUAAGUUUUCCGACUAAUUAUCUCUACUUUCCCCAGCCUGGUGGGUGUCACAGCCAAUCAGGCAUUGCUGUCAUGGUAAUAAUACCCUAGAUUUAUGGAAUGACCUUUAAUUCUGCUCCCCCCCCCCAGAGGCUGUGAGAGACAGGAGAUCACUGAAGAUGCUAAAUAGACAGGAACGUGACACAGAGAGGUAUGCAAUGGAGCCGUUUAAAACUCAAUGGAGUGGAUAGCAAAUACCAUGUGGGGUGGAGAAGCCCCAAAUGGGACAGCACCUGGUGGGGGAGGACAGACUCUAGGGUCAUAGAGGAAGAGCUGGGGUCUCGCACAGAUUCUGAUCUGCACUGGUGGCCGAGAUAAAGGCCCAGAGUUAGGCACCUCUCCAGACCUCCCCUGAGGGACAGAGGGGCUCCAGACACUGACCUGCACAUACAGAGGGAGCUUAGGGUCUUUGGCCCUAAUAAGACUUAGGAGGCCUUGGAACUUCUAACCAGCUGCUUCUAGAGUAGAAGUGACCAACUUUACGAUGGUGGCUCUUCUACUUUUUUUUUCUGGCAAUGUGCAAUCUGAUGCAGAAAGCCCAACUAUAAAUCACACUGAAAGAUAAUGCUUCUCAUUGAAGCGUGGAGGCAAAUUCACGCUUCCUAGUGGGGCUAGUGGGGCUUCCCUUUUGACCGUGCUACAGGCAACUGGCCCCGUAUAGCUGGGAGACGGUAUGCGAAAGUCACUGUCCUAGGAGAAACAGGAAAGCAAGCCUUGCCCAAUUUGUUUUCUUUCUUAGGUCACAUGGUUACCCUCCAUCUCCAGCUUAACUCAGAGCUCCUGUAAGACUCACAGCGGGGGUUUGGGAAAGCACAUUUAACAUACAGAUUCUCAGGCCCCACCUCUGAGCAGGUUCAGGACUUCUCGCCUUGAACACAAAAUUUAGAAGCCAAGAAAGACUCAGUAAUCAAAAUCAACCAUAUUUUAAUGCAGUGUUUUGUUUUGUUUUGUUUAAUCAAAAUUAGGGACAUCUGGGUGACUCAGUGGUUGAACGUCUGCCUUCAGCCCAGGGCAUGAUCCUGGAGUCCCAGGAUCUAGUCCCGCAUCGGGCUCCGUGCAGGAAGCCUGCUUCUCCCUCUGCCUGUGUCUCUGCCUCUGUAUGUGUGUGUGUGUGUGUGUG